AUGAAAAUCAAAGCACUUUCUCGCUCAACGGCGUCGCAGCAGGCCCCAGGGUCUUCUACCGUUCGCCAGGCGCGCAACCUGGACCCGACCCAGCAUCCUUUUGAGCGGGCCCGUGAAUACACCCGGGCUCUGAAUGCGAUUAAGAUGGAGCGCAUGUUUGCCGCACCUUUCCUCGGACAGAUGGGCAACGGCCAUGUCGACGGUGUUUAUUCCAUGGCGAAGGACCCCGGCUCUCUGAACCGCUUCGCAAGUGGCAGUGGCGACGGUGUGGUGAAGGUGUGGGAUCUCCCUACGCAGGGUGAGGUCUGGGAGACUCAGGGCCACGAGAACAUGGUCAAGGGUUUAUGUUGGACACCAGAGCGAAAACUUUUGUCAUGUGCGAGUGACAAGACGAUUAAGUUGUGGGAUCCCUACAACUCGUCGAAGGAAGCCCCACCGAUGGCGACCUACCUUGGAAACAGUGCUUUCACCAGCGUCUCACAUCACCGAACCCUGCCCUCAUUUGCCGCCGCAUCUGGUGUCAUCUCCAUCUAUGACCUCUCCCGGCCUUCCUCCACACCGUCGCAGACCCUCCACUGGCCCACCAGCGUUGACACUAUCACCUCGGUUGCGUUCAACCAGACCGAGACAUCAAUUCUUGCCUCGACCGCUAUUGAUCGCUCGGUGAUCAUGUACGAUCUCAGGACCUCUCAGCCUGUGCACAAGACGAUUCUCAAGCUGGCGUCCAAUGCUAUUUCCUGGAACCCCAUGGAAGCUUUCAACUUUGCCGUGGCCAAUGAGGAUCACAAUGCUUAUAUCUUUGAUAUGAGAAAGAUGGAUCGUGCUCUGAACGUUCUGAAGGACCAUGUGGCCGCUGUGAUGGACGUCGACUUCAGCCCUACUGGUGAGGAGCUUGUUACCGCAUCUUACGACCGCACAAUUCGCAUGUGGAACAGGGCAACUGGACACUCGCGUGAUAUCUACCACACAAAGCGCAUGCAGCGUGUCUUCUCGGCAACCUUCACGCCCGACAACAAGUACAUUCUAUCCGGGUCGGAUGAUGGAAACGUUCGUCUUUGGCGCUCCACGGCGUCUGACCGCAGUGGCAUCAAGAGUGCCCGCCAACGUUCCAAGCUGGAAUACGACCAGGCUUUGAUCAAACGCUACUCGCACAUGCCCCAGAUCAAGCGCAUCAAGCGCCAGCGUCAUGUUCCCAAGCCUAUCAAGAAGGCUGGAGAAAUCAAGCGCGAGGAGCUCAAUGCUAUUAAGAGGCGUGAGGAGAAUGUGCGCAAGCAUACUAAGAAGAGCGAGCUGAAGCCGAGAACCCACGAGCGUGAGAAGAUGAUUCUGACAAGCGAGCAAUAA